AUGGAUGUUGAAGAAGACUUGUUGAUAGUUGACGAGGUCGGCGUCUCUAGUCAACAAGCAGGGCGCGAACAAACUUCCGCCCGGCCCGUGUUUUCAGACCCUGAGAGGGUCUAUUGUAGAGUGGCGGAUCCCGGCCAGAAAAGACUCCGCCGAAGCGAAGGUUCGGGUGGAUAUUCGUAUGCGGACGCGGUUCGGGACCGCGUGGUGCGGAAUUCGAAUGUCGCCCGGCGAAAAUCUACAAUUGGCGCCCAACGUGGGGCCUCUUUUUCAAACAUAACAGGUUUUAGGUGCAGCAGGAGCCAAGAUGAUUCUCCAAAUUUUUUAGGUGACAGGUGCCAUGUUCGACAACAUGAAACUUUUUUAGAUGUUAGGUCACAGGAACCGAAGGAGGAUCGAAAAUCAACCUCGAGCAGACUUUCAACGCCCGCCAGCCAAAAAAAUGAAAUUGUUUUAAACAACAAUCGUUUUGAAAUUGUUGACAGGUACGAAGAAAAGCCGCGCAUUGAUUUUUCAGCAAACAAUUUAGGUUACAGGUUUAUCCUCAAACAGGAUAUUUUAGGUUUUAGGUGCCUGGGUGAUCCAAAGUUACAGGAGUUCGGACUGAAUGAGCUGCGAUUGGCGUCCAGUAGAUCACGGCGAAAUAAAAUUUUAGGUAACUGCAACAGGUGCAGAGCGACCGAGCGAGAGAGAGACACAGUUGAACACAAGUCGACGAGUGACAGUCGGGAACCGCUUCAUUCAACUGAUAUGAAGUCUCAGGUUCAUCAACCGCGUAUAGGUGCCGAGCGUGACAACGACUUUUGUCGUCGCGAAUUGCUUCGACCUGACAGAUUUGAUGGCACCGGCUGUCUCAAAACUUUCUUAAAAAAUUUGAGAUAUGUGCCAGGUGAAGCUUCACAGGUUCUCUGGGAUUUAACAGGUUUAGGUUACCAAGAGCUGGUAUCUAAGCUAGAAGAUCGUUUUGGAACAAGAGGUCAUGAAGAGUCAUACAGGUACGAAUUACAGAUUCUUCGUCGAAAACCUGGUGAGUCGUUACGAGAGUUGUCGAUGGUUACUAAAAGACUCAUGUCAUUAGCCUAUCCAGGAGAGCAGUCAAGAUUAGCUACACAUCUAGCUAGGGACUUUUUCUUGACAGCCCUCGAUAAUGCUAAAUUAGAAUUAAAGGUUAGGGAAAAAGAACCAAAGAACAUUGACGAUGCUCUUAGAUUCGCACAGCGUCUUGAAGUUUCAAAGAUGGUGGUAGAUUCAUCUCACAGGUUUGACCCGCAGGUUAAAGAUUUUCAAGCAGGGGCAGAAAACAUGGAGUCGAUGGUACGACAGAUUGCGUUCCUUCAAAAGUCAUUCGAAGAACUCAGAAAUAAAAGAGUGCAGCCAACGGUAUCCCGAGUUGAGCGAGAGAAAAUUUGUUUUAAUUGUAAGAAACCAGGUCAUCUUGCAGUCAAAUGUCCUCAGAAGAAUGAAACCUGCAAAUCCCAAACUUAUAGUCAAAUCAGACCGACGAAAAAAAAAUUGAAAGCUGUCAACAACACAGAAAUUCCAGUCAAAAGAGAAAUGAAGUUGCAAAUUAAAGUUGAUGAUUAUUCCAAAUCAGCGUUAGUGUUGGUGUCUGAUCAUGUUUCAAAAAUUGUUUUAGGUUUAGAUUGGCUCAGGAACAAUCAUAUCUCGUGGAAGUUUGGCGAAGGAAAAAUCACCGUGGGUAACAAAAAUAGAACGAUGAACUUAGUUAUUAAACAUUUUUCAUGCAGGAAGCUUUGUCGUAUUGAAGUUCACACAGAAGUGCGCAUCCCUGCGCAGACUGAAUUAGACGUGCCAGCAAAGAUGAUUGUUCGCCAGCCGUCCAAGUUGGAAUCGACCGGAUUUAUGUGUUCGGAAAACAGACAAAUAGAAUUGGGUGUAUAUGUAGCUAGAACGUUACUACCUAUAAAAUAUGAAAGACAGUGUGUUAGGAUCUUGAAUGUCAACGAUCAGCCGGGGGUGAUAAACCGGGGAACGCGAUUGCCAGAUUUAUCAUCGGCUGUGGAAGCAAAGGAAUCAGUUGAUCGUCUAGCAUAUGAAAAUCUAACAGAAGUUACAGGUAUGGUUGAUGGAUUAGUAAAAGAUAUUUCUAAGAAAGCAAGAGAAGAGUUGAUUCAAAUACUUAAAAGCUUCUCAGACAGAUUUAGCUGUGCGAGUGGGGAAAUAGGUGCUGCAAAAGGAGUUUUUCAUAAGAUUGAUACUCAGGAUGCACGACCGAUAAAACAACAGCUGAGGCGACAUACUCCGGCGCAUCAGAAGGUGAUUGCGGAACAGGUUGAGCCUGAAGACAUCGCAGAAGACGAUUCCAUAGGGGAGCCAACAGAAGCACCAUCACGAAGUAGCGACGAGUCGACCGAGUCGCUUGUCCAAACCUGGACAGGCAAAGAUAGGCCAGAAUUUUUACCAGGGCAGCCGGACAUUGUUCCAGAACUUGUGAAGCUUGCUGACGAACUCUUUGAUCAGCGACCAGAUUUGUUUGCCGUAGGUAACCAGCCAUCGAUGGACCUGUUUGCUGGUCUGGACGAACGACCGACAGAAAACGAUCAGCAACUGACGGAAACUCAAUCGAGCACGACGGCCACAACAAAAAGAAAAAGGAGGAAACCGACGAGGUGGGGACCGGAGCUAGAAAGAUGA